AUGUUGGUGGUGUCUGAUGCUGUGUUUCAAGAGAGACUUUUUCUGAGGAGCAAUGAAUUGCUCCUCCAUGCACACAGAUAUUGCCUUUUUGCUGCUCUGAGUCACAGUGCUUCACUGCCAUUUGUUUUCUAUGCUGUUAAUUUGCAAGCACAAAAACCUCUUUGGAGGCUGAACUUCUCCGUGAGUUUGAUUUUAGCAGAAGCCUGUAAAGCAUUUAUUGAGGACAAGGUGUCCUUCUGAAGGAAAAUACCAUUCAGAGAACCCAACUGCACAGAGUACGUCACACGGAAGCACCACAUCUCCUGCGCCCUGCACCUUGCCUACCUCAUGACAUUGCACAAAGAGUUUGAGACCUUCAAGCUUUUCUUCAGGGAGCUGUUCAUGCACCAGAAUAUUUACUGUGUUCAUGUGGAUGUCAUUCAAGGAGCCAUUUCCCUUCCAGCGGGCACCUGUUUUCUUGGUGCCUCCCUCGUUUCCUGGGCAAAGAGGGUGGUCUAGGGCAGCAUCUCCCACCUGUGGGCUGACCUCCACUGCAUGAGAGACCUGUUGGCCUUGGCUGUGCCCUGGUGCUACCUACUCAACUCCUGUGGUCAGGACCUCUCCUUGAAGCACAAAGAGAUCAUCCAGCUGCUGAAGGGCCUUGGGGGCAAGGACAUCACACCCAGGGUGCUGCCACCUCCCCACAUCACCACCUGCACCAGAUACAUGCACAGGGAGCAAUUUUACUCUUCCUUUUCUUUCAUGCUGUGGACAUUUGUGUGCAAAUGUCCAUCUGACCAUCUGUUUUGGCUCUGUGUCCAUGGCCACCACCUACUCUUUGUGGGGUUCGUGCUGCAGGACCAGCGUGUUCUCCAUCUGCUGGCACGGCCCGAGGACACCAACAGCCCUGAGGGGCACUUCUGGGUGAUGCCCUGCAGGAUCCCAGUUUACGAGCAUAGCGCUUGCUCUUCCGGCCUGCACAAGAAGCACAAGUGA